UGGCAACUGGCAGCUGCUUUUGUCAAAUCUCAACAACACUCAACAAUUUCCGAGCUCCGAGGUGUCAUAAUAAACUCGCAAUUCGUAAAUCGAAAUACAUGCGUUGUGUAUUUGUAUUGAUAAUGACAACUUGGUAAUAUUGAUAGGUAUUUUAUCGCUGAUAAAUUCUAUAAAUUGCCAUUUCAGUGCCAGGUGUCUUGUAGCAAUGUUGUGUUUAAGUUGCGAAAUAUGUUUCGUCGAUUCUGGGGUCUGAGACGACGGUUAAGAAUGCCUCUCGGAGAGGCUGGGGAUCAAUAUUCUGUAUGGGUGGGCUUAAUAUAUAUAUUCAAUUUGAUAGUGGGCACUGGAGCGCUCACACUCCCAGCAGCAUUCGAGCAGGAUGGGAGCAGCCACACACUGCUGGACACUGGCUUCGACUGUGGAGAGUCUCAGUAUAGUUUGCCCUUCCAGAUACAAGAGCAGGAUUCGGAAGAUGAGACAGCAUCACGUAACUACGGCGAGUUGGAAGAGCCGCUUGUCUGCGGCGAGACGAUACCUUCGCGUUACUACAGCCUCGACCGACGCGUGGAGCUCGGGGAGAUGGCGAAUCUGUUCCUCAACAGGACCGGCCGCACCAUGUUCUACUGCACGCUGUGUGUGUACCUGUAUGGGGACUUGUCGAUAUACUCCGCCGCUGUUGCCAAAUCUGUCAUGGAUGUUAUUUGUUCUACAGUGCCUAACACGACGAGCGUGAACGAUUGGGAGCAAGUCCCGUGCUUCAACGUGUCGUCCGUGGAGCACGGAGUGUACACGCGGCUCGACGUGUACCGCGUCGCGUUGCUCACCUUCGUGGCCGUCAUGGGACCUUUCGUGUUCUUCAACGUGCAGAAGACGAAGUAUCUGCAGCUGCUGACGUCGCUCAUGCGGUGGCUUGCAUUCUCAAUAAUGAUCUCGAUGGCCAUCUACUUGCUGAUUGGUAAAGGCCCGCAAGGACACCCGCCCGCAUUCGACUUCACAGGGAUGCCGACGUUGUUCGGCGCAUGCGUGUACUCGUUCAUGUGCCACCACUCUCUGCCGGGACUCAUCAGCCCCAUCAGAGGGAAGAACCACAUCGGUUUGCAUCUAGCUCUCGACUACGCUCUCAUAAGCAUAUUCUACCUCCUCUUAGCAUUCACGGGCGCGUUCGCGUUCGCACAACUCAGCGACCUCUACACGUUAAACUUCGUACCAACGGACAAUGAAAACAUACUUCUUGAAAUUGUUGAAUAUUUUUUAGCUCUCUUCCCCGUGUUCACUCUCUCUACCAGUUUCCCUAUUAUCGCUAUAACGUUAAGGAAUAAUUUGCAGUCCUUGUGUCUGGACACGAGCCGUUUGGAGUCUUAUAACUUUUUGUUGAGGAAAUUGUUGUUUCCAGUUAUAACUGUUGUGCCGCCGUUGUUGCUAACGUAUUACCUGGAGGAUAUAAGUGUACUUAUAGAAUUUACCGGUUCUUAUGCCGGCACCGGAAUUCAAUAUCUGAUGCCUACGUUUCUGGUGGUGUCCGCUAGGCGUCACUGCAUUGGUUUGUUAGGCUUGGGUGUGGAGAACAAAUAUAAAGCCCAUGUGCGAACGCCGCAUGGGCGAUAUUCGUUCUUUUGUGGUCGUUUAUGUGUAUAGUGCUUGUGUCUGUGCAUAUAUUCGAGAAAAAAUACGUUGACUUUAACUAAAGAUGCUAAAAGAUGCUAACAGGAACAAAAGACAAUACUUAGGGCCGCGGACACAUUUUUAUGGGCAUAAAAAUUCUCUUCCAUUUAUGUAGUCGCCAAUACGGAAUUGAUAUUUCUAUUGAAUUUUCAAGUUCUCGGCCCUUCUAUAAAAUCAUUCGCAUAUUUAAAAUUUACUAUUAUAUUUUUUACAUAUGGCAAUAUUUUUUGUAAUGUAAAUAAAAACUAGCGUUUCGUAAUAGUUAAUAAAAUAUUAAUAAUUAUCUUGAAACGUUACAAUUGUUUUGUCAAUAAUAAUGCAUGUUGUAUCGCAAUUAAUUAUUAAGUACUAUAAUGUAUGGUUGGAAUCAUACGGCCUUUUCUAUAAGACCUAUUUCGUAUUUUAAGGCUCAUCUGUCUCAGAACGGGUGGAUAUACGCACACUGCGACCGUUUCAAUUAUAGAGAUAAGUUAGUGCUAUACAGUCUUACUUAUAAAAAAAUCACAAAGCUAUGCUUAGUUAAAACAAAUUUACUCGAUCAGCUGUAAGUCAAAACCCGCCAUCUAGCCUCAUAAUAAGGUUUAAACUUGGAAACCGGUGAUGUUUUUGACAGCUAUUUAAUCAAUUCUUAACGCUAAAACAAGUUUAUAAGUAAGACUGAUAAUGUCCAAAGAACUUCCUUUUUUGUAAUAAAACCUAUCUUAGUGUGUUAGUUAGGUUUCAGUGGCGUAUAGAGUUAAGUCGAUUACGUAUAUAAUGAAGUAACAACGGAUACAGUAUGAGUGAUGACAACAUAAAGACUGGUCUGAUAGUGUAACUACUGAACAUAAGACUUAACAUCUCAUGUCUUAGGAUGGCGAGCGCAGUGGAAUACCAAACAAUACUAUGUAAUUCAAGGUAUUGAAUGGUGUUUCUACUGUUUAUGGGCAGUCGUAUCGCUUACCAUCAGGCGAACGGCAAGCUCGUCUCGUCAUGCAAAGCAGUAAAAAUAAGAAAAAAAAAGUAAACUUUUGCAGAUGUAAAUUGCAGUGUCAACUCGCAAAAGUAAAUACAUAACAUGCCACGUUUCUAGAUUUUCAAUGCUCGCGCAUUAUCUACAGGGUUCACGCGCUCUGAUUGGCGGAACGCACAUGUCGCGUCAUCGGGAGCCAAUGACAGUGAAUCCCCAAAGUAACCCGAGGUUCAACCGAAGUUGACAAUGCCCGUUACACUGGCUAAAAUACCGCAUUAUGUUUUCGCAAAUAUUUUAUUCUUAGUUAAUUAUUUUUUUAACUUAAAAAUUUUCACAACCAAGUUUAGUUUAUUACAUAGUUCAAUGCCUUAAAUGUGUUCUAAGAUCGUUCUCAAAGGUGAGGUAUUGGUUUAUUACUAAGGCCCUAAGAUUCUGAAAACUAUUCUGACAUAUUAAUCUAUAGUUAGGUAAAAAAAGUUAGUCUUACAUAUAAAGAGAACAGGUUGCCAAAAACUACAAGCCGUUUAAUCUGGCGAAUAUUGUUUUUCGGUUAAGUAAAGAUAAAAAUGUUAAACAUACGAGAUUCCCUAGAUCCCUUAAUUUUGCGAUGUUUACCAGGGUGGUACUGGUUAAAUUAACUACAGAAAAAAGUGUGCAAAAGUUGGUAGUUUUACUGUUGCGUUACAUACGGUCCAUUGACUGACAUCUUUUGAUUACCAGAGAUCUCAUAAUUCCUUUCUCUAUUGCUCUUUCGCAAGUUCAUUGGCGUAUUCACAAUUCUUCUAGCAUCCUAAUUAUUACCAUAUGAUCGGCUACAGA